AUGGCGGCUGCGUCAGGGAUCGUUCCCUCGAAGGAUCUGCUUGACACAUGGGCCAACGCCUUGGGCCCCGACUCACCGGCUCGCAUCAUCAAGGUCAGCUCAGAUCAGGCCUGAAUGAUGUUGGGCAGUCUGUGCCACUGAGUGACGUACCGUGACGGCGACGACGUGGUCCCGAGCUCGGCCGCACCACCCGCUCGUCACCGCAUCCACUGACGCUCUCACGCUCUCACUCUCACACCUUCUAGAUCGUCAUCGACCAAGAGACACUCAUCUCGGCCGCUCAAGUCGACGCGCAGGGCUCGGACGAGCAAGACUUUGAGCUGCUGGGCCCACUCGGCGAAGACGAAUCGCCCUGCUUCCUCCUCUACAGGUGCGGCCAUCUCCCGUUCCCCUUUAAUGCCCCCGAUAGCUCAUACGCUUUGAUCCCAUAACCCCCUCAUCGACAUCAACCCCGUCGCUCUCUUAUGUCGCUCCAUCUCACCCGUUCUCAAUUCAUGCUGGGGCCCCACUUUGCAUUCAACUUUGCUUUGGUGUUCGCCCACUACCUUUACGGAUCUUGCCGUACAGGAACCGCACUCCAGAAUCGUGGCUCUUCAUCUCCUACGUCCCCGAUGCCUCCCCCGUGCGCUCCAAGAUGCUUUACGCUUCGUCCCGACAGUCCUUCGUCCGGGCACUAGGCGAUUCGAGGUUUUCUUCUUCCAUUUUCGCUUCUACAAAGGUACGAUAGGGAGCUCUUCAGCUCGGGCGUUCAUCGACAUCCCAGACUGACCGCGAUUCCCAUCUCACAUCUUGAUCUAUCAGGACGAAUUGACCUUCGCCGCGUACAGAAAUCAUCUAAAGGCUCAACAAUCUAGCGCCCCUUUGACCGCAAGGGAACAAGAGAUCGCCGACAUCAAAGCCGCCGAAGCGAAAGAGAGACGAGAAGGCGACACGAGCGAAAACGCGAACCAGCCCAGGAGCAUGUUGGAUCUUUCGGGCUCGACCGAAGGGACUUCAGCGGACGGGAAGAAGGCGGGGACCGGGUGGAGCGAUGAAGCCGCAGAGCUGAUUAAGACGUUCGCUGCUGGAGACAAGGAGAUAGUCGAGCUGGUGAGUUUGGGCGGCGCUACAGCCGGCAUUCGGAACCCCUUUUGCUAACCUACAAGGUUGCCGAACCACGAACCACAGCGGAUCGAAGAGGAACGCAUCAUUCCCUCGCCCGAACAACCCUCCAGCCUCGCACUGCCAAAGGAUGCACCGUGCUUCACUUUCUACAAACACUCGGCUGGAACGGGUGCGUUGAUGCUUGAAUUACAGCAUCAUCUGAACCCCCUACGUGACUGUAAUGGGCUCAUGAGCUCAUCCUCCUUUGCGCAGUAUUCAUCUACUCGUGCCCCUCCACGUCCCCGAUCAAGUCGCGAAUGAUCUACGCAUCGAGUUUCCAUUCGGUCCGAACGAAGGCAUCCAACUUGGGCGUCGACGUGUCCAAACGAGUGAGUACUGAAACCAAAGAGCAAAUCCCAGUCCUGACUCUCGAGCCCGGUUUGCACACUGAGCGUGCAUAUCUGUUUCCCUAUCCAAUUGAAGCUUGAAACUUCGUCACCCGAGGAAAUCACCGACGCCUUUGUAGCCGCUGAAUUUGGACAAGCCGUAGCAGGGGAAAGUACACCGACUGGGGAUGGUGGUGGAGACAAGCCUGCAUUUGCACGACCUAGUCGACCGGGAAGGAAACGUUGA